UCCCGAAGCUUAAAAAUGGAGAAAAUGCAUUGUUUCAGAAAUUUGUGAGAAAUUUAAUUCUUAUUUCCACAUGGGAUUUCUUGAGGAACUUUUAAAUGCCUGUAGAAAUGGAGACGAGAGUCGAAUUAUUGAUUUACUGCAAAAAGGAAUUUCUAUUAAUGCUCAAAAUGGUGAAGGUGAAACUCCCCUACAAAUUGCUUCAGCCAAUGGUUGUAUUGAUGUCGUACGUUUGCUUUUGAACCAAGGUGCCUUUGUGGAUCUACCUAACUAUUAUGGUUGGACACCUCUCAUGCAUGCAACUCUUCAUGGUCACUCAGAUAUUGUAGUUUUACUACUGGAUUACAAAGCCAAAGUCAACACUUUCAAUAAAUUAGGUUUAGCUGCUACUGAUAUUGCUGCUUGGAAUGGUGACUUACCAAUUUUGAAAUUACUCAUAAAAGCUGGAGCUGUAGUUGAUGGAGCAUCUACUAGUCGCAGCAAUGAGUGUGAUUUUUCACCUUUGAUGUCCGCUGCAAUUCGAGGACAAAGCGAAAUGUUCAAAUUUUUGCUUGAAAGAGGCUGUGCUAUCAACUAUACUUCACCCAUAACAGAGUUGACUCCAUUAAUGUUAGCAGUGUGCAAUGGACACCAGCAUCUCGUGAAAAUGAUCAUUGAGCAAGGAGGAAAUAUCAACAAAGUCAACAUGCGUGGCCAAUCUGCUUUAGACAUGGCCAUUGAAUGUAACCAAAGUGAAAUUGAAGCAUACCUGUACACUGUUUCAUUUAAAAAUUCUGGAUCUUCUGCAUCAAAUGAUAUUUUAGAAGCUGUAAGAAAUGGCGAUGUUUUGAAAGUUUCAAGCAUUGUUCAACAAAAUCCUGCCGCUGUAAAUAUUUGUGAUGGCUUCGGCACUACUUCAUUAAUGUUAGCUGCAACACUUGGUCGCAAUGAUAUUAUUGAAAUACUAAUUGAUAGUGGCACUGAUUUGGAUGUUCAGGACAUGAAUAAUGGAUGGACAGCGCUAAUGUAUGCUGUCUUCCACAGAAAUGCUGAAACUGUGAAAAUGCUAAUUGAAAAGGGAGCAAGAGUUGAUGUGUUUGCUUAUACCGGUUACAAUGCUUUAGAUUUGGCAACCUAUAUAGGUAGUUCUGAUUCUGACGUCUUUCAAAUUUUACAUAGAAGCUGUGAAGUUGACGAUUCUAUUCAAAGAUUUUCAGAUUCAUCCCCUCUUGAUGAAUCUGACCAAGAAUUCCUUUCGCCUGAAGAAAACCAAAUUAGUGUAUCAGAUCCGAGAAGUCCAUCUCCAUCACCAUCAAAGGAAUGGUCAGCAAAUAUAUCUCAGGAUCUUCAGUUGAUGAUGCCAAUAAGUUCAUCUAAAUCCUUGGCCAAUAGUCCUAUUGCAUCAAGUGGAGAAAGUGAUGACGACUCUGAAGAAGAAUUUUCUGACCUGAAUUCUUCUGAUGAAGAAGAUGAAAAACCUGCGUCAAGUGUUUUUAAACUCUUACCACCAGACAAAUACUUAGCAAGUAUUUUGCAAGAUCAUAAAGUUGAAACUAUAAGGCCUAAUUUUUUAUCACGUCAUAUAAAAGAUGUAAAUGCAAUACCCUCAAGAAAAGAAAGUUGUGAUAGUAUCAACAAGCCUCCUGUGAAUUCAUUAAGAACGCCUCAUCUUGUGAAACUUUUAAUGAAGCGAAGAUGGAUGCAUUUCGGUGCAACAAAUACAUUACCUCUUGAUGAUUCACUAUUAGAGUUUGAUGAUUCAACUUCACAGCAGGAAGGAUUAGAGUAUGGUUCAACAUUUAAUCUUGAUGAUUCAGCUUUAAAAACUGAUGAUUCAGCAUUAAAACCUGAUGAUUCAACAUUAAAGUUUGAUGAUCUCACAUUGAAGCUUAAUGAUUUGACUUUAAAACUGGAAGAUGACACAUUGGGAAACAGUAAUUCAAAUUCGAAAUCUUCUGAUGCAACAUUAAAAUCGAUAUCAAAUCCACAAGCACUAUCUAACAGUAACAGUUUUGAACCUGAUAACAACACCAUCUUAUUUGAAAGGGACAGAGAAAAAGUACCAGCAUCUGAAAUUGAAAAGGAGGAAGAUGCUGAAAAUGCUGGUGACUUAACCAUAUUACUAAAUAAGGAGUCCCUUCAAGAGUAUGUGCAGAAGUUUCGAGAUCAAGAGAUCGAUUUGGAAUCAUUUCUAUGUUUGACAGAAGACGACUUCAAAAACAUUGGAAUUGAAGCACAUGACUCUCGACAGAAAUUUUUAGACAUAAUUAGUAAAAUGAGAAAUACAUGAGAACUUAAGAUUCUAAAUGGUAAAAAGUUCUUUAAUAGAAAAAGCCAAAGAUAAUGUUAUUUUUCAUAGUCUAGAGUAAAUUUUUUUAAU